UUACGACAGCCCUGCAAUGAUGGGCAAGACUGCCAACAGUGGAGCCCAUGAAAUCUACGAUGUGCCGCCCAGCGUGGAGAAGAACCUUCAAGUGGUAUACGACAUCCCUCCCUCGGUCAGCAAGGAUGUCCCAGAUGGCCCCCUGAGGGAGGAGACCUACGACGUGCCCCCUGCCUUCUGCAAGGUGAAGCCCUUUGACCCUUUGCGCCAUCCGCUCAUCCUAGCCCCGCCUUUGGUGCCCCUGGCGGAGCCACCCUUGCCCGAAGACGUCUACGAUGUGCCUCCACCCGCCACGAAAGGGGUGUCGGAAGCGCAGGAGAUCUACGAUGUCCCACCAGGGCUGAGAAAACUGGCCAGCCAGGAGGUGUACGAUGUGCCCCGAGAGCUGACAAUCUGCAGUAAAGACGGAGAAGCUGACUACAUCUACGACGUGCCCCCGCAGGCCGAUCGGGCUGAUAGCAAGCGGCUUUCAGCCUCCAGCACGGGCAGCACCCGCAGCAACCUUUCCAAUUCUUCUCUGGACAUGGUGCCUGUUCGGGAAGCUCCGGACAAGGAGUUACCCCUCGACCAAGACGUUGCCAUGGAGACGCUGGCCCGGCUCCAGAGCAAUGUCAACACAGCUGUCUCGUCACUCAUGUCUUUCAUCAGCGGCAGCUGGCGCAGCCCCGAGAGGAUGGAGGCCCAUGCGGGACACAUCCGGGGGGCAGUGGAUAGCGUCAAAGCGGCCCUCAGGGAACUGCUGGAAUUUGCUCGUGGGGUGGUGGCUAGCGCCGCUCAGGCCUCCGACCGCUCCCUCUACUCCAAGCUCAGCAAGCAGGUGCAGAAGAUGGAGGAGGUGUACCAGGCGCUACUACGGCAUAGCCAGGCCUUGGAGGGUUGCGGUUGGGCCCCUAGCGCCCUGGUAGCUGGCAAGUCAGGGGCGCCGGAUGACCUCGAGCACCUGGUCAUGUACUCACGGGGGGUGCCGGACGACACCAAGCAGCUGGCCUCCUUCCUUCACGGCAAUGCCUCGUUGCUCUUCAGACGGACCAGGGGGUCCCCGGCCUCCUCGGGGGAGGGCAGCCACCCCCACGGCACGCCCUCUGAGAAGGCCAGCAACAUCCAGUCACGGCCCUUGCCUUCUCCGCCCAAGUUCCUGGCCCAGGACUCGCCCGACGGGCAAUACGAGAACAGCGAGGGCGGCUGGAUGGAGGAUUAUGACUACGUGCAUCUCCAGGGGAAGGAGGAGUUUGAGAAGACCCAGAAAGAGCUGCUGGAACGAGGCAACAUAAUUCGGCAGGGCAAAGGACAACUGGAGCAGCAGCAGCUGAAGCAAUUUGAGCGCCUGGAACAGGAGGUCACCCGCCCUAUCGACAAUGACCUGUCCAGCUGGACACCCCCACAACACUACCCCCACCUGCGGGGUGGCGGCACAGCUCUGGGCCCCUCUGACCGGCAGCUGCUGCUUUUCUACCUGGAACAGUGCGAGGCCAACCUCACGACGUUGACGAACGCCGUGGACGCCUUCUUCACGGCCGUGAACACCAAUCAGCCCCCCAAGAUCUUCGUGGCGCACAGCAAAUUCGUCAUCCUGAGCGCCCACAAGCUGGUCUUCAUCGGGGACACUCUGUCUCGCCAGGCAAAGGCCCAAGAGGUCCGCCAGAAAGUCACCCAUUACAGCAACCUCCUCUGCGACAUGCUCAAAGAGAUCGUGGCCAGCACCAAGACCGCUGCCCUCCAGUACCCGUCCCCAGCCGCUGCCAAAGACAUGGUGGAACGGGUGCACGAGUUGGCAAACAGCACUCAGCAGUUCCGGAUGGUCUUGGGGCAACUGGCUGCCCUGUGAAGAAGCAGAGUUGUUCUUGGACAGAGUGAAUGGACUGUAAAUAUUUUGUCCGGUUCACCCGCCCACUGAAGAAGGGUUGUGGUUGGGGGGCACCGACCUCCCCUUCCUUGGUAGACACUGACCACGGCAGUCCUGGAUCCCUGACCCUCCCGCUCCAAGUCUUGCUCCAGCCAAGAAGACGGUCUCAUCCCUCGCCACAAUUGUAGAGGGCAAAUAAUUAUAUUUUCCUGUUUGAUUCCAGAACUGUUUGGCUAACGAUCACUAUUUAAAUCAAAUAAAGAAAUUUACAAUCCA